AUGGCCCACAUCAUCCAAGACGACGGCUUUGACGGCGGCAAUGAGGAUGCCCGCCCACUCUAUGACGAUGGCACCAUGUUGGAUAUUAACUUUGGCAGCCUCCGGUUUUUGGUCGAAGGUGUGAUGGAGACGUUGCUCUUUGUGCAUCAUCGGCCACAGAACCGUCUCAUCCUUCGUUCCAGUUCCAGACAGUCCCAUUUCUCUGGUUAUAGCCCCGAAGAAGCAACACGGCUCAUGACGGACUUGUUUUCACAGUUGUCCACUGGCUUUCGCUUCGAAUCGAUUCGACUUACGAACUUUUCGUUUGAGAUUCCAAUUCGUUCCUUGGCACAGCUAGUACAGCAAUCCAAGUCCACGCUGCAACAUUUGGCUCUGACAGACAUGUUUCUGUCGGGGUUCGAGGAGGAAGCGUCGGUGCAAGCACUCCUUGCGGCUCUUAGCGAUUUGCCAAACCUUGAGACCGUUCAUUUGGUGGCAGGGGUUUCAAUCGGUCGCAACCCGGCAGCUUUGAGAGUUCUCUACAACAGAAUCGCUUGUGCGGUCGCAUCUCAAGCAAGGCAUCUUUCCAUUGACCUUGUAGAUCUGAUUGACCCCGCCGAAAUAAUGAGACAUUUUCCACCGUGGGCGUUCCUAGCACAAGACGGCAGUGAUAUCCUGGACGCCAUGCACGAAACAGAACUUGAGUUUGUUCGGGCACUAGGAAGAGUGUUGGAACAACCAAAUAUUGUCCUAGAACAGUUGAAUCUCUCUCUCUUUGACUUGAGAUCCAUCCAACCAGUUAUGACGGCUCUGAAGGAAAACAGAUCCCUCAAGGCCAUUGCUUUCGGGCGUCACGGGGAUGGCCCCCCACCAGAUCUUUUCCCACCCCAAUUUUUGCUUCCUCCCCUACCAGUAGCGGCAAGAAUGCUAUUGCCUGCUCCUCCGCCACCGCCGGGUCAUCAGCCACCUCGGGGUCGUCAGCGACCGCAGAGGGGAUUUUUGCCUCCACCUCCUCCCGGACCAUUGCCUCCUCCACCACUGCCAUUUCCUGCUCCUCAGCCGUCUCCGCCGUAUCAGCAGUUGUUACCGGCUGCGCAAGCGGCACGGGACAUGUUGAUAAGCAAUUGUAUUGUCGAGCAAAUCACUGUUGAGGGCAAUCCAGACCAGCUCCUUGGUCCUUUCGGGCUCAACAACAAUAGCAGAGUCGUCAGCUUUGCUGAGCUCCCGACCGUAGAUGAUCCAUUGAUAGCACUGUAUCUAAAACUCAAUCAAGCAGGCCGGCAUCAUUUGCUCGAGAGUGGACAAGCGACCCGUCAGGAUUGGAUUGACGCCAUUAGCGACAAUCGAGAUGACACAAAGGUCGUCCACUACUUUCUUUCCCAAAAUCCAUCCCUGUGUGAGGCUGUCUGA